AUGGAUGACCCAGCAUUUGCCCCCGAAACCGAUACAACUACCCAGACUAUCCUCCUCGCAGCCUCCAACCACGAUCUCGCCGCCCUCAAACCCCUCCUUCGAGUACCCGGCGCUGCUUCAGUUCAGGAUCCCGAAACUGGUUUCACACCUCUUCACGCCGCAAUUGCAUCUUGUGAAGAUUCCCCCUCUACUGAAGAUUUAGAGGCUGCGAAAGCGACUAUUAAAGAAUUAUUUUUGUCGGGAGCUAUAUGGAAUGAUUUAGAUACGAACAAUGAGACACCUGGAUGUCUGGCGUGGAGAUUGGGCAGGAAGGAAUUAUAUGAAUUGGUUGUGGAAGCUGGUGUGAGAGCGGAGGUUUUGAUGAACUUGAUGGGUGGGUAUGAGGAGUUGAGUGAUGGGGAUGAAGACGAAGAGGACGAAGUAGAGGGGAUGGAGAUAGUUGUAAACGAAGAAGCCACAGACGAAGCAGCAGAAGAAAAUGAGGCAGAAGAGCCAAAGAAAGACGUCAAUUCCGCAGAUUAUCUCAAAAGCAAACUCGAAUUUACAGAAGAUGCACUUCUCGACGCUGAUGCUAACGGUGUAAUGAUGGCAUGGGAAACAUCCAUCAUGCAACGUACUGUCGAUCUUCUUAUCCCCUCCUCUUCACCUCCAUUACGAAUCCUCAAUAUUGGUUUCGGAAUGGGCAUAAUAGACACGAUGUUCGCAUCCACGAAACCAGCCAGCCACCAUAUAAUAGAAGCCCACCCUGAUGUUCUUACACACCUACAAGAACCAGGUCAUAAAUUUGGAAAAGAAUGGCAAGCAUCUGCACCCGAAGAAGGAAGCUAUAAAAUUCACGCUGGUCGCUGGCAAGAGAUUCUACCAAAGCUGCUUGAAGAAAAUCUUCAAUUCGACGUUAUUUAUUUCGAUACAUUCGGAGAAUCUUAUAUGGAGCUCAAGAAAUUCUUUUCCGAAUACGUCAUCGGCUUAUUGUCUGAAACUGGAAAAUUUAGUUUCUUCAAUGGACUAGGAGCAGAUAGAAGAGUUUGCUAUGAUGUGUAUACCAAAGUCUCGGAGCUGGAUCUGUGCGAUGCAGGAUUAGAUGUUGAUUGGGUUGACGUGGAAGUCGAGGAGCUUGGGGGAGAGGGUGAGGGUGAAUGGAAAGGCGUAAGAAGGAGAUACUGGGUUUUAGACACAUAUCGUUUACCAAUCUGUACUUUCAUGGGAUGA